GACAUCCAUCAUUAUUGAAUUGACAAUCUUGACAUUUAUAAUUUAUAUGCUGUCUUGUGUUGCUUGAUUUUAGGUUGUAAUUAAUUAUAUUAAUCCUGAUGAACAAUUUCAAGAAAGAUAAACUAGUGGGUAGAGCUCACUCAUCACUGUGCGUGUCUUCAGGUGAGUUUUCAAAUUUGCCAGUAAACCUACCUUCCCCAGUUAUAUCUACAAUAACAUUGACCCCGGGUAAAAUAAGAAAUAUAGAUCAAGAUAUGGAAGCAUUGAGAGCAUCUAGACAAGAUAACCCUUUUAUACAGCAAGUUAUUGCUAGUCGAGAGAGUUUACUCAUUGAUAAUUUAGAAGAAGAAUCAGAUGAUGCCAAUUUGAUGUCAAAGGAAUUGUCAAUAGAUGUAGAUGUCGAUCCUCUUACUCUACCGGAGAUGCAUGAGCAUAUGAUCCGUAGUCCUCCACCAAAUAUUUGGCCAACAUCGCCAAACUUCAGAGUUUUCCAAUUUCCUGAUGAAGAGCAAACGCUCCGCAUUGAAGUUGACGUAAAAGAAAAAUUCAAACCCGAUGUGAAAACGAAACAGUACAAUAUAGAGGAUUCCCCACUGUUGCGUUCUAACAUCAAAUCUCAGAAUUUCCACGCAGAUAAAUUCUCCUUGUUGACGACUAGUAGCCUUAGACCUUCUGAAGAUAGUAUUAGACUUAUGAAUGAAGAUUGAGAAUCGAACAUUGUUCUUCAUGAGAUUCCAUGCAUUCCUCGAGGAGAUUGUGAUAUGUUUUACUAGUCAAAAUGUUAAAUUAUUAUCUAUUAAGUAUUGGAUUGAUUUUAUUAUAUAAAGAAUAUUCAAAUUUUAACAGAAAAUUUAUGAAGAAAUUAGAUGUGUUUUAAGAAGUACUUGAUUAAAAUUAAGUUUCCAUGUG